UUUUAUUCCAGAUAGGAUGGGAGACUACGAUGAAGACACUGCAUUCCUGGGACAAACUGGUCCUUACUUCUGGGCCACAUUCUUUCUCUUGAACACAGUGUUCGUGUCAACUGGAUUUAAUGGACUUUACAUUGUCUUUGCAGGAGCAGCUCCGAAGCACCACUGUCUCAUUCCGGAUGUAAACUUGACCGAGGAGUGGAAAAACACCAUAAUUCCCAUCAGGCUAGUGAACGGUGAAGAGGUUCAGAGCCAGUGCAGCAGAUACAAGUUAGACGCGGUUAGAAAUCUCUCUGCUGCAGGAUAUUUACCUGGAAGAGACAUUAACAUCACUGAACUGGAGCAGGAGGGAUGUUUGGAUGGAUGGAGCUACAGCAAAGAGAUCUAUCAAUCCACCAUAGUCACUGAGUGGGACCUUGUUUGUGACAAUCAGUGGAAAGUUCCCUUUGCUUCCUCAACUCUGUUUGUGGGAUAUCUUGUAGGCUCUCUCAUCUCAGGACAACUUUCUGACAGGUUUGGGAGGAAGAAAGUUGUUUUUAUCUCCCUUGGCGCCCAAUGUCUCGCCGUCCUGCUUCAGUCCUUCUCUCAUUCAUGGCGAAUGUUCUGUAUCAUGUUCCUGUUCGUUGGAGCAUCUCAGAUAUCCAUCUACAUUUCUGCGUUUGUACUCGGAACGGAGGUGUUGAGUAAAACUAUGCGAGUGCUCUUCACUACUCUCGGAGCGUUCCUCUUCUACUGCAUUGGGUACAUGACGCUACCCUGGAUUGCAUAUGGCAUCAGGGACUGGAGGACUCUGCUUGCUGUUCUGUCAACAACCUCUGUUGUAUACAUCCCGCUGUGGUGGUUCAUCCCAGAAUCUCCUCGCUGGCUAAUAACUCAGGGCAGAGUGGAAGAGGCGGAGGUCAUCAUAAGAGAAGCCGCGAGGAAGAAUAAAGUUGAAGCACCGUCUAUAAUCUUCAAAGAAUCGGAUCUAGAGGCAAUGCCAUCCACUAAGCGUUACACCAUGCUGGACGUCCUGAAAUCCAGGAACCUCAGAUGCAUCACGCUGAUGUGCCUCCUUUUGUGGAUGGCGAUAAACAUUGGGUACUUCGGUUUAUCCCUGAAUACUUCCAACCUGAGUGGCAACCCCUUCAUGAACUGCUUUUUAUCUGCCACAACUGAAGUCCCUGCAUAUGUGGUUUCCACCUGGCUACUAGGGAAAUGUCCACGAAGAGCUCUUCUCUCAUCCUUCCUCAUCAUCGGAGGAGGAGUUCUUCUCCUCAUCCAGUUCAUACCAGACACUCUUCAGUACAUCGCUCUGGCUCUAGAAAUGACGGGGAAGUUCGGCUUCACCAUGGCCUUCAGCAUCGUGUACAUCUACACCGCUGAGCUCUACCCCACUGUGCUCAGGAACGUCGGCAUGGGGAUGUGUUCCUCCGCUGCUCGCAUCGGCAGCAUCACAGCUCCAUAUGUCAUCUAUUUAGGUACAUAUAAUAAGGUUCUACCUUAUAUUUUAAUGGGAAGCCUCACUAUUGCCUCCUCUGUGGUGAACUUCUUCCUACCAGAGACUCUUCAUAAAGAUCUUCCAGAGACAGUGGAGCAGAUGCAAGAAUGUCGGGGGCUGUGCUGUCGAUCCAAAAAGAAGAAAUGCUUUGAAAAUGGAGCACCGGGUACCACACCCAUUCAACAUGAGCUCAAAUCUGAUGCUCAAACGCUCACCCUUUAG